UCAAUGCUGUCUCUUCAUUUGAUAUGACUUUUCGAUCAUAAACGUUUCUGUUUAAAUAAUACUUCUCUGCUUAAAGGAAACUAAACAUAACAAUGAAGCUAAGCAGAAGAGAGGUUCCCAUCUAUGGCCAAGCAAAGGUUUUUGCGCUGAUUCCCUCUGUACAAGAUGAAGAGGUGUUUGUGGUUCUUGAAGGCUCAACUCUAUUGCAUGUUCUGCAAACUAGAGUUCACGCCAUGCUGUACUUCAUUGUACCAGGUCAUAAUCAAUCAGAGAUGGUGCGUGUCCGAGCGUAUAUUUUCACAGAUGAGACUGUGAUGUGUGUGGGCAUGUCUUAUCUGACAUACGUGGAGGAUGAUGCACAGGAACUGGCUGAAUACCUGGUUACCCAUAGCGACAGCCUUAGCACCAGUGAGCACAGAGAUCUGAUUGGUCGAUAUGGUUUGAGUGACGGCUCAACAACGGCAGAGAUGGAUGAAAAGGUCACACUUGCCCUAGCCAAUCUACACACCCCUCACAACCUGCUCGGACAGUCCACACAAGAAUCUCUUCUGCAUGUGUGUGUGCGUCUGGGGUUUGUGAGUGUCUCUGAGUUUCUCCUCUGUCAGCCUGGUGCCCUGAUGACUAUCCACUCGCCCAAUCAGGAUGGGGACACGCCCCUUCAGCUGGCCCAACAGACCAGUCAGCAUGCUCUGAUAAAACUCUUCAAUCUUCCUCCCAAUCCUCUAGCCACACCUCUAGCAGGCGUGUCACAAGUAUGGGCUGGGAAAUCCCACCUCCUCAGGUUUAGCCACGCCUCUGGGAUGCUUUCUCUGUCCGUGUGUGCGUCUGAGCUCUGUCCUACAACACCAACCAUACAAUCAUCCAUAUGCCUGCUGCGAGAGUGUGCACAGGACUCUGCAUUGAUAAACAAGCUCAAAGGUCUGAGAGUGGAUACAGAAAGAACCGAAAGCAACACUCUGUCUUCAUACUCAGGCGUGGCUCAACAACACCAGUCAGGAUGAAGACGAGGAGCUCUUAUCAUCUGACGACUCCGAUGAGCUCACAACUAAUUCAACAAACAGUUCGCUCACCAUUACAAACAGCAUCAACACCCUGCAGGCUGGUGAGGAUCA